ACCCUUACACUUCCCCCUCCCCUCUAAAACCUAUCCAUCCUCUCACCCUUCCCCUCCUAAGUCCUAACAAAAGCACCUCCCAAACCCCAAAACCCUAAACCCCAAAACCCCAGACCCUUCGUUGAGUUCCUACUUUCUCUCCAAAACACAACCAUUGAAGGGAGCGGCAGAGAUCCGCUUGUUCUCUCCCGGUCUCAUCAACCAUAAACCACCACCAUGACCAUGAGAAGGGCCACCACCCUCGUCGCCUCCACCCUUCUCUCCCGAUCUCAUGGCGCCGCCUCCCGCUGCCUUCUCCAAGUAGCCUUCUACGCCACCGAGACCACCAACGCAUCUUCCGCUGCUCGCCGCCGCUGUUUCUCUCCCAUUCUCCAAUCCCUCGCCGCCACUAGCGCUUCGUCUCGGACGGUUUCCACUGCUGUUGCCGGAGUUAUGGCAUCGGUGUUCGCCGCCGGAGCCAUGGAGGUCUACGCGAAGGAACCACAGCCGCCAGAGGUGGUCCCUAAGGACGUCGUUCUUUAUCAGUACGAGGCGUGCCCUUUCUGCAACAAAGUUAAAGCAUUCUUGGACUACUACGACAUACCCUACAAAGUUAUAGAAGUCAACCCACUUAGUAAGAAAGAGAUUAAAUGGUCUGAUUACAAGAAGGUUCCUAUAUUGAUGGUAGAUGGUGAACAGCUGGUCGACUCAUCAGCUAUUAUUGAUAAAUUGCGUGACAAACUUCAUCCGGAAAAAGUAGCCUCCUCGGGAGAGGAUGAAGAGAAGAAGUGGCGCCAAUGGGUCGAUAAUCACUUGGUGCAUGUCUUAUCACCCAACAUUUAUCGGAAUACAUCAGAGGCCCUCGAGUCAUUUGACUAUAUUACAAGCAAUGGUAAUUUUAGCUUUACAGAAAAGAUUACAGUAAAAUAUGCUGGGGCUGCGGCUAUGUAUUUCGUGUCAAAGAAUCUAAAGAAAAAGUAUAACAUUAUGGAUGAACGUGCAGCCUUGUAUGAAGCUGCAGAAACAUGGGUAAAUGCACUAGAUGGCAGAGAUUUUCUAGGGGGCUCCAAGCCGAAUUUAGGUGACCUUGCGGUCUUUGGGGUGUUGAGACCAAUCCGUUAUUUGAGGUCUGGUCGAGACAUGGUGGAACACACACGUAUCGGAGACUGGUACACAAGAAUGGAGAAUGCUGUGGGAGAGUCUGCAAGAAUAAAGGCCUAAGCUGUAUUCCUGUGGAGUUCAUGGAUGGCUUUCUGCUUCAUUUUGAGUUUGCAGGUUGUGUCACCAAAAUUUAUUUAAUAGAGGGGAGAACAAAGAGCUUGCAGCUAUAUUCUUAAUGCUUGGCCACUAGAAAGCUUGCCGUUGAUGAUAGAUAUUGAAAUGUACCAAUUCUUGCUAAAAAGUCUUUUAUCUUUUGGAAAGUGAAUAAGUUAUUCUUACAGCCGAUAGAUUUGUUUAGCAGUACGGGAAUAAGGAAAUUCAAAAGAUGCAGGUUUUUACCUAGGAAUCCACAUUGUUUAAUGUUAAAGGGUAUUUUAUACAUUUGCCUCGUGAAUAAAUUGUGUGGUUUCAGCAA